UCUUUCGUCUUAGUUUGAGAUAGAAAGCGCCGGGCUACGGAUCGCGAUGUGAAUCAGUUUUUUUUUUUUUUUAAUUUUGAAUCCAACCAACCAAAAAUAUUUUAUAUAAUUUCACAACUAGUAAUUAAAUUUUCAUAAAUUUUUCAUACAAAACAAUAAAAUUAUUAUAUUGAAACACACAAAAUGGAGGUAUACACAUCAGAUAGCAGCGAUACUGAUACUCGGGAAUUGAAAACAAUCGAUUAUGGUCGUAUGAAUUUAACCGAGAUUACCCUCGAAGAUGAUCUCAACUCGGAAACAAAGUCCAAAUUAAAAAGUCAAAAGGACAUCGAAACAAUGCUUUUAAAUCAUAAUCGUUUAAAAUUUAUACCACCUGCUUUAAAAAAUUUUGUCAAUUUAAAAGUUCUGGAUUUGAGUUCAAAUACCUUGACCGAAUUGCCAGAGGCUGUUAGCUCAUUACCGUUAGUGACAUUGAUUGCAAAAAAUAAUCUGCUUACAAAUAAUUCAUUGCCCAAGUCGUUGGUUUCGAAAAAUUCAACUUUAAAGGAGCUUAAUUUGAGCGGGAAUUUGUUGACACACUUUCCAGACCAGAUAUUGGAAUUGAGAUAUUUGAGAUAUCUCUAUGUGGGUGGAAAUCAAAUAUCUAACAUUUCAAAGGAUAUAUGGAAGAUGCACAGUUUGCAGAUUCUUUCUCUGGGUGGAAAUUUGAUCAACGAUGUCCCUGAUACUGUUGGCUGCCUGGGCCAACUUCAAGCCCUGGUUCUUUGUGAUAAUCUAAUUGAAAGUCUUCCUACAAGUAUUGCUCGUUUAAAAAAUCUCAAAUCUUUAUUAUUGCAUAAGAAUCGUCUUCGACAUUUGCCAAAAGAUAUUGUGGCCCUUAAAAAUUUGACAGAGCUUAGUCUUCGUGAUAACCCAUUGGUGGUGAGAUUUGUUCAAGAAAUGGCCAUUAAUCCGCCAUCUUUAAUGGAAUUAUCUGCUAGAGCUGUCAAAGCAACUGCAACUAAAUAUGGACCAGAAGACUUACCACAUACUGUUUUGGAGUAUCUAAAUAGUGCUAAUUGCUGUGUGAAUCCAAAUUGCAAAGGCGUUUUCUUCGAUAAUCGGGUGGAACAUAUUAAAUUUGUUGAUUUUUGUGGAAAGUAUCGAGUACCUUUAUUGCAGUAUCUAUGUUCUUCAAAGUGUAUACAGCCUGAAACAGAACAAAGAUCAGAAGCUGGUGCAAGCGGAUAUUUGAUGAGAAAAGUGCUUCUUGGGUAGAUUUAAGAGAGAAUUGUUAUGUAUUGGAGUGAAUUUAAGAAUUGUGAUUGAUUGAUUUAUUAAAGUGAUUUGUGUACCUUUGA